CUGCCCUCAACACCAAGGCGGAGUCCAGGAUCGUUGGCGGCCAGGCCGCCGCUGCGGGGUCGUGGCCCUGGCAGGCCAGGCUGCAGAUCCCGGUAAACGGGGGAACGGCUCGCUGUGGGGGGUCUCUGAUCAACAACCAGUGGAUCCUGAGCGCCGCUCACUGUUUCAGCAGCACCAGUACCACAGGUGUGGUUGUUAACCUGGGAGAGACUCAGAUAAACAACAGUCCGAACUCCGUGAGCCGGAGUGUGUCCCAGAUUAUUGUACAUCCAAACUACAACAGCCAAUCUCAGGAAAACGACGUUUCUCUGCUGAAGCUGUCCUCGUCUGUGACCUUCAACAACUACAUCAGCCCCAUUUGUUUGGCGGCAGCGGGCAGCGACUUCCCCGGCGGAACCACCGCCUGGGUCACCGGCUUUGGGACCCUCACAGAAGGAGGUUCUGUGGCUUCAACCCUGCAGGAAGUCAGCGUUCCCAUCGUGUCCAACAGUCAGUGUAGCGCGUCUUACAGUUCACUCACUAGUAACAUGAUCUGUGCCGGUCUGACAGAUGGAGGGAAAGAUUCCUGUCAGGGAGACUCCGGCGGUCCGCUGGUGAGUAAAAAUGACACCCGGUGGGUCCAGGCUGGAGUGGUGAGCUUCGGAGAAGGAUGCGCUCAAGCAAACUUCCCAGGAGUCUACGCCCGGGUCUCCCAGUACCAGUCCUGGAUCAGCAGCCAGGUCGACGGCACCCAGCCGGGGUUCAUCACCUUCGUCAGCUCCUCCAGCAUCUCAGCCGCUCACUUCAUCUCCAUGACGGUGCUGCCCGUCGUCUUCUCCGUCUUUAUUCUCUUCUGAGAGCUUUGAAGAAGCUCACCAGAACUUGGAAAAAUGUUUACUUUAGAAGAAAUUUACAGGUGAAAAAUGAUUGUAAUUUCACAUAAUUAUAUGAAUAUUUAAAAACAAAACUUUAGUGAAUUCAGUUUGCUUUUAUUGUCUUAAAUAACUACAUUUAAAUCCAAAAGAUUCGAACUCAUUUUGAAACCUGUCUUAUUUAGUUUGUCCCUCUUGAGCUUCUGUAAAGAAUACAUAAAAUCAUAUUUUUAUUGAUUUGAGUGUAAAUGACGUGAAUGUGCUUUUAGCACCAAUGUUUGCACUGAUGCCGAUGAAGUCUGUGAACUCCAACAAAGCAGAAGGGUUGCUGAUUCAUGGAACUUUCAACUUUUUCACUUUAUUUUUGUCUCUUUAUUCAUUGGUGCAAAUCUUUCAUCACUCUGACUUAAAGAUGUUUGUUUGAAAAACCAAACAGUUUUUUUUUGUUUUUCCUGUUUGUAUUUUCUUACAAAAAUCCUAAACUGUCUCUGUUGAUUUUAAAGACAAUAAGUUCAAAUAAAUCUGGUUUUCUAACUUCUGGAGCUUUGAUGGAAAGUUCUUCUGAAAGUCUAAUGAUUGGGAGGGGACAAUACAAAACAGUCUGUACAGUGACAUACACUACUAUAAAUAAAGGGAACAACUAAACAACUUGAUGUUACUCUAAUUCAGUCAGAGUUCUGUGUA